AUGCAUCAAGAUCUGAUCAAGCUGGCCAUGGACGAGCAAGCUCUUCUGUUCAAGUUGUCCACAGAGGUUCAGCGGGUGAAGGAGCAAUCAGAGACUGUUCAGAUUGGAAUGGAUGUCGGCACUGAGAGUGUGAACACCUACCGGAUGGCAGCGGAGGAUGCUCUAUCCGAUACGGCUGCUGAGAUUCCCGUUGUUGCUGUUAUUCAUGAGACAGGGGAGCGAAGGCUGCUACGCUUCGGCAGCCGCCAGAGUAAAAGCUCUGAGGCGCUCACCGAUUCAAUUGAUGCAAAGCGAUCCAACACCUCCGCCUCCGUCGCUUCUUCACAUGAGGUCGUGACCAAGAAAUCACGACAUGGCUUGGACCCUGCAGGGCAGAAAGUUCACAAGUCUCUUUCCGAUUCUAGUCGGCCCUGCUAUUCAAUCAACGGCAUUCGAGAUCGAGAGAAUCCAUAUCUACAGACCAGCGUGCUCAACAUCCUGAGAUCAAAUUUCUCAUCAACGGCAGAGGAACACCGAUGUUGGUGCGCUGGCCAGCUGGCCAGGUGCCUGCUGUGGUUUACAGCGUUUUUGGAGAACUGCUGUUCCUUAGAGGAGCCAGAACGUCACGGACGUCUGGCGCGCUUUGUGAAUAGCACCAUGUUCUCGGUGUCGACUGCCAGUGUGAUCUUGCUGAAUGCGGGCUUCAUCUUGUAUACGACUGAGCAAGAGAUGCGGAACCUCGACCAGCCGCUCAAUACAGAUACCAAUGUCUAUUUGAUUGAGCUGGUGCUAGCAUCCUUCUACGUGGUUGAGCUCCUGCUCAAAAUGAUGGUCCACAAGUUCUAUUUUUUCUGGAAUGCUGAGAUGGCUUGGAACUGGUUCGACUUCUUCCUCGUAGUUUUCUCUGUGAUCGAGAACCUUCUGGUCUACGAUCUGCUACCGGCAAUGACCUCGGCCGCAAAUGCUGCGACCUCGACAGACGGAAGUUCGUCUAGUGUGAACUUGGGUUUUUUGCGCUUAAUUCGCCUCUGCAAGAUUGUGAAAAUAUUGCGUGUCUUUCGGACACUGAAGUUCUUCAGUGAGCUACGCCUCAUGCUGGACUGUGUGCUGGGUUCCCUCAUCAAUGCCAUGUGGUGCGUGAUUAUGCUUGUCUUUGUGAUGUACGUGUUUGGGCUGCUGCUGCAACAGGGAAUUGUCCAGUUCUUGAUGGAAGAAGGGAAGACAGUGAACCAAGACGACUACAAUUUCAUCGUUGAAUACUUCGGCAGUGUUUUUCAGACGGUCGUCACUCUCUUCCAGUCGUCCACUUCCGGAGUGGAUUGGAAUGAGCCGUACAAGGCUUUGAGGUUGACGGGGGAUGUCAUGCCAGUAGCAUUCUUGGUCUAUGUUGCGUUUGUCUUCAUCUCAGUGUGGAACAUUGUGACGAGCACCUUCGUGGAAAAAGCCCUGAAGUUGGCACAGCCUGAUGUGGAUAUGCUUAUCCUGGAGCAGCAGCUGCAAGAUUUCGAGGAUUGCAAAAUGCUCGGAAGGCUCUUCAAGAGCAUGCGCCCUCCGGAUGCUGAUGGCAACGAGCGCAUUGGAAUGGAAGAGUUCCGUCAAUUAGUGGAGACGUACGAGUUCCGAUCCUAUCUCCAAACCCGGGGCAUCGACAUCAAAAAUGCUGAGACCUUCUUCAAGAUGCUCGUGGAGUUGCAGGGCGAGCCAAUGAUUGAUGCCACCACUUUUGCCAACGCAUGUGUGCGCAUGAAAGGGGCUGCUACAAGCAUCGACUUGCAGACCGUGAUGUUCACCACACAUCUGAUGAACCAAGAGCAGCGGCGGUUCUUCCAGUCCAUGUACAAUCGCCUGAUGACAAUUGAACACAUCCUCCACGAAGAACAUAGUGUAGACGGAGAAAAUUCAAUUCCAGGUCCUUUUUUGACGCAAAGCAUAGAUGAACGUGCUGACACACUAGACACCGAAGGUGCAGUCAGGACAGGUUCACUGCGUCUGUAA